AUGGCAGCCGCGGAAUACUUCGCUUCGGGCGCUCGGCCGCCAUAUGAGCAAUCAAACAGCCUGUUUCCGCCGUCGCAACCUCAACGAGCACAUUCGCAGCCUGGACAUCCAUAUCGUCCACCGCAGCUAGGCCACUCAAGUCCACAGCUACGACCUCAGAGCGUCCAAUAUGCUCCUCCACCCCCACCUUAUCAAUCGCAUACGGAUGACGGCAAUCCGAACGCACAGUUUGCACAUAGGCCAGCCGCUCAGAGUCAGCAUCGGCCGUCGUUACCAGAUCAGUCAAGACCGCAACCAUAUUCAAUAAACCAGCACAACCAGCACGCACAGCAACUCACUGCUUAUCAACCGGGUUCCUUCGUCCCACAAGCAUAUCCAUACCAACAGCAACAGCACUUUUAUCCUCCUUAUCGAUCGAGUCCGAACUACUCGAGUGUUGAUCUAGGUGUUGGGAAUGGUUAUAGUUCAGACCCAGAACGGCACAGGAGGAAACAUAAGAGCCAACCACGGCGCAUCUCCGAGAGCUCCAGGUCUACAAACACAGAUGGAUUCCUUGGGGCUGCAGGCGGUGGACUUUUGGGAGAUAUGCUCUUUCCGGGUCUGGGGACGGUCGGCGGCGCCCUAUUCGGCUGGGUUGGUGGCAAAGAUUAUGCCAAACACCGAAGAUGGCGAGAAGAAAAGAGAGAUCGAGACCAGGAGAGAUGGGAACGGAAGUUCGGUAGCAGUCGAUCAAGAAGCCACAGUCGGGACGGAAGGAGAAGGAAUCAUGAUCAACAGAAGGGCUACGACUGA